AUGGCCGCCGCUUCCUCGGACUUUAACGGCGGCGGUGGUGGCUUUGGUGAUCUCUCGCGGGAGAGCUCCCUGGCUCAGAAGUUUCUUGAACUGCGUCUGAGGAAUGCUCCGCCCUCGCCUGGAGGCAGAUCUGGUCCGGGCACUCGUGGCAGUAACGGUCUCCGUGGCGUGUAUUCCGCUGCUGCC